AAAGCAGCGUGACUCGUUGUGGAAUUUUCCAUCCAGCGUGGUGAGGUGCCGACGGACGGAAGAUUAGUUUUUCUCGUGACACAUUUUUAAGGUGCAUUCCAUAUCCUUCGCCUGCAUACGUGAAACAUUCUCCACGUUUCUGAACCGAUGCCACGAGGCGGUUGUUCGACGGCGAGUCCCCAAUUGCGCGAACACUCGUGAAAAAAAGUGUGUAAGCGAGUGUAUGUGUGUGUGUGCGUGCUGUGCUUCGUAUACACACGUUCAACGCUCUUUCGCUCGCCACGCGUUUGCAAGUGUGUGCGUGUCGGUGGUGUCUGACGAAGAUUUAGCGGACGCGCGGUGACGAUGCGUAGGUUAGCUUUUUCCGUCGUUGGCUGUGGUUCUGGCAUGGUGUGUCCUGCGAUGACCUCUUCGUUUUUCACAUGAAAAACGACGCUCGUAACGGAAGAGAAGGUGCCCUUGGUCGUUGAGUAGCCGUGGCUGUACACUACGUAAGUUACAGUUUGCAUAAGUCAAGACAGUACCAAAUUCAUCAUUUUGGAUACGCAUCAGGCAAGAAAGCCGGCUUAGCUGUACAGCGGGUACCCCAAAAAGAGGGAAAUUAGUGAAGGAAAAAGAAAAGAAGAGUACGUACGCGGGUAUGGGAUGCCCGUAUGGUGGUUGUUCGUUCGUGAUCCAAUGCUGAGCGUGUGUGCGUGUGUUUGGUAGCGAGAAAAAGCGCAUCCCGCGCAUUUGUGCUCUCUCUGCUCUGCCGUACCGGGGGAGCGGAAUUUGAAACGCAUUUUUUUUUCUUCGUUUAGUUCGACCGUUUUUCCCCCACAUGCUCACAAAGCGUGAGUGAGAUGGAACGAUAAGAAGGGCGAGUGUGCAAGUGAAAACGAUACACAAUUAGCGCGAAAAGGAAAGUAGGCAAGUAGGCUUGUGUGCAUUGUUAGUUUGUGUGUGUGUGUGCGUGUGUUAGUGUUUUGUGGCUGCGUGCGUAUGUGGAGAACGUUGGCAACGGAAUCAUCGAAUCCCCGGCGAUGGUGUAGUACGUUUUGCGACGGCACUAGCGAAAAAAAAAAAGCCACACAACGACGGCGGCGAUAGUGCGAGGCGUGUGUAAUACACAUAUUUCUCGCUGUGAGCAGCAACACAUCAUCAUCAUCAUCAUCCUCGCACAGCAGACAACAACGACGACGUAGAACGAUCGGUGGUGGUCCCGUAAAAGCAAUGCCGGUAUUAUGAAAAUUCAUAACUCCAACACCAACGCACCACACGAGAAAGUGAGAACUCGAUCGGUCGUCAGCAAGGAAGCACUAGAGGCGAACGGGACAGUGCGUAGAGCUGUUGUCGUUGGUGCUUCCGCGAAGCAGCAACAGAAGAAGCCGACACAGAAAGCAGCCGCUUCCUCGCCGUCCUCUAACCUAAGUCCGGAGCUGGAGAACACGGCCAACCGGCUAACGUUGGAAGCGGGCAAACGGGGUCGUCGACGCGCCCUGCCAAAGGAACCGGAAGCAAACGACGAAAGUCAGGAGGAAGAGGUGGAGGUGGAGGAGGAAGUGGUGGAAGAAAGUGAGCACUCAACGAUUAGCGGUGCGGUAAAAAGGCGUCGAUCGGAGAAGUCGGCACAGCUCAAGCAGGAAAUUCAUCAUACGGAUGAAGUGGUGCCGAACCACCAACAGACGUCGGAGCUAGAGAACAACGCCGAGCACGACGCCGCAGAAGGUGAACAGCAGCAGCAGCAGCAGCAGGAGGAGGAGGAAGACGCCGCUAACGAAAGCCUGGUGGAGGACCUCAACGAGGACGACCGUACGUCCUCGUCGACGGUCUCUGCCGAGGAGACGCUAGAUCAAGUAAUGGAAAGUUUCAACAAGGGUCGGAUUAACACGAUCAACAGUAGCCUGAAACAGGAGAAGGCACACACUUCCUCAUCCUCGGUCGAUCCGCUCACCAUGACGAUGGAUGACUUUCAGCAGCAGCAGCAGCAACAACAGAACGAUGACGCACCGAUGGAUGAUUACGAGCCGGCGGUAACGGUGGUCGGUGGCAAUGCGUCCGCCAGUGAUGACAUCGAGGACACAGACGGUGCCCUAGCGGGUAACCGAUUGUUCCGCAAAAAGGUGAAACGAAAACUACCGGUACGGCCACCGAACAAUACUGGUGGCAGCACCGUAACCAGCAAUAAUACGGUACCGAUCAGCGGCGAAAGCGCCUCGAACUGUACGUCCAAGGCGAAGCUACAGAUGGUGCACGAAUUUCCAAUGCUCUUUCUCGGUCUGCGCCGCAAUCGGAUGUUUCUGGUGAACUCGCUGGCGCAAUGGUUCGAUCUGAGCCAGCGCGACGUCAUACUGACGCUGCGCAAGAUCAAACAGAACGAAAGCAGCGUCCGGUUGGGCAGUGUGUUCGGGCUCGGCUCAACCGAGGUCGAGCUGCUGUUUCACAAAAACGUGCCUAAGAUAGCGGACAGCCUGCGCAACUUUAUCGUGUGGCCGGACGAUAUCACGAUGAAGCUGAACGUACCGAUCAGCCUGCGGCAACACUUUCAACGCAUUCACCUCAUCCUGAACUACCUUGUCGUGCGGGUGAAGCAGAACGCCGUCCAGGAGCUGCCGGCGGAUGAGAUCGCCACCUCGUUCUGCCCGAACGAGCAGUGCCACAAGCUGAAGUACCUGGUCGCCUCCACGCUGGACGGUUGCGUGUGCUUUGUGUCGCGCGCGUUCGGCGUCCAGGCGGACGACGAGCAGGUGCUCAGCCAGUCCGGCUUUCUGACCAAGUUCAAAACCAACACGAACCUGAUCGCGGGCAAAAACUUCCACAACUUCGAGGACCAGCUGGCGAAUGGGCACGAUCACACGAACAACAAUGGUGGCCAUGGUCGGCGGAAUCGCGUCACAUCGGCCAGCCGGUCCGGGGCCGGUGGUGCAGACGGUGACGAUGAUCUCGAGCGGGUACUCGGCGGUAGCGGCAGCAAUAGCAAUAGUGUGGACAACUUCGAAGACAUCGUGUCGGAGAAGAUUAGCAAGAGCAAAACGUUCAAGCUGAAGAACUACAUCGAAAACAUACUGGAGAACUUCCAGAGCCAUCAGCUGCUGAGCCCGCAAACGUGUAUCGAUGCACGAACGCUCAAGCUGCUGGACGAUAUUGUCGUGAUUGUGGGGGCGCUAAUAAACCUGCAGAAGCAGGAAAUCGAGUAGAUUUAGAGCAUAUAUAAGUUUAUAGGAAAGGGACUGGAGAGAGUGGUGGACAUUGUAGCAGGAAUAGGGUAGAGAAGAAAAGAAGAGUGCAGGAGGAAGUGUCGCGGAAGAAAUGGAUUAAACCCCUCCCCGCAAGCGAUUUGUGGUCGCGUUUUGACUUUCUCGAUUCGAAGUAAUUGAUUUUGAUUGUAUGGAUCUGUGUUCUAUGGAUGAGAUGCAGUUCUGCUUUGCCGAACGAAAGGACAUUUUCGGUGUGGCAGCAUUAUUACGCUUAUCUGUUCAAUAUUUCACCACCGGCAUUAUCAUCCUGUAUUGUACGUUCGAGUUCAAUUUCUUUUAUUAUGUAAAAUUGUGCUUGCAGAUUUUACCGAUACGCAUUUUCAAGCGAGAUUGUAAUUUAGUAGUGAAAUUGUUAGUGAUCGAUCGAGUGGAAAAGUUAAGCGCGCGCCACACAGUGCACUGAAGUAUCCUACGUUUAGGUUUAUGUUCCAAGUCGAGUGGUGUUAUCAAAAUGUAAGGAAUGAUGGAAUACACGUCCCAAAAACACGAGCAGAAGCGUCGUCAUUCGCAUUAUUGUGUCCGUUCGAUCUAAGAAAAAUAGCACCGGCAUGCCGUCGCUACCUCCCUUGUGCUUUUCCCUUGACUGCUUUCUCUCCCUCUCUCCCUCCACACCAGACGCUCUAAUCGAUCGUCAUGCAACCCGUUUCAGUUUUCCCCGUUUUUAUGUGUACUUUUCUUUGAUUCCACAGUUUUUUCUCCUGUGUGUACGUUGUACAGUAGUUUGUAAGAUACGGAUAGAUGAUAGUGAGGCAAAGUUUUUCUUGCAAAAAAAAGCCCGAAAAGAAAGUAGAAGCGAAAGAGUUAGAGUUGAAUAAGUAUGAUUUUAAAAAGCAAAAAGGCUAAAGUAUGUUUAGCAAAAGCUGAAGAGCAGAAGAGAAACAAAAGGAAAAAAAAAAAACAAAACAAAACAAUUGCAAACUAAAACGAGUGUAGUAAGCAAACGAUAACAGAACUUAGUGCAUCGCAGAAGGGAACUUCCGUAACGCUUCAGGUGUGUGUGGACGUACCAGGGAGGAGGACGGAUGUACAUGGGUGAAUGGUAUCGUUUGAGUUUUGUACAAAAUAGAGCGAAGCCGUGCAAAUGUUUCAGCAAUAGAAAGUAGGCGAAAAUGGCUUUUGUUAAGGUUAAUAAUAACGUAAAAAAAUGUAGCAGAAAUGGGUCCGUAUCGUGUGAACAAAAUUAUAGUGUGGUUAGCAAACGCGAAAGCAAAUACUUUCAUUAAAACACACAGAACACAGGCCACUUGCUCUGUCUAACCGGUGGCAUAUCACAUUCUAAAAGGUAAACGUAUAUACGGACGAGUUCUCGAUAAUAGGUGAAAAGAACUGGUCCGUAGCUGUAUGCUUUUAGGUGUGUGAUAUGUAAAAAAAAACAUUAAAGUUAAUAAUUUCUGUUCGCACGCUACGGAAAAUGCAUUCGAAUCGGAACCGGUUACAAGUGUCGGUUUCACUAGAGGAAAACAUUACCGAGUGCCCUCCUCUUUUAGCGUGUUUGAGAGAACGAAGCUUAAAGGAUUGACCGCAGAAAAGCACACGAAAUGGAAAACAUUAUCUUAUCAAACCAAUUGAAGCCGAAGAAAGCAAAACAAAACAAAAAAAUACAUAGAAAUAAAACACGCUGCCAAGGACGGCUAGCAAGCGGCAGAUUUGUUAUCUGCAUCUGCAACAAAACGUAAAGGCACACACCGAGUCGAUUAUCAUUGAAAUGAGAAAAGCGAACAUAUACAUACUGUGAGAUGAUGGAGAUUGUAUAAACACGCUUCACCUAUAUAUCAGCUUGAGGAAGAAAACAAAAGCAAACAAAAAAAGAGGGUAAAUUCAACCGACAAAGUUUAAGUAACAUUAACUGAUUUAAGCAUAAUGGUGUACAGAGUAAGAAAAUGAAUAUUGUCAAAAUAAACAGACACACAGAAGACCACACAGUUCUGUAUUUA